AAGACUAGUUCUUGUUUUCUCCAUUUUCUCCAUUUUCUCUCAACAAAAUCAAAAUGUUGACUCACACAAUUUCUAAAGCCAUCUCUUUGGUAACCAUUCUAUUAGCUCUACAAGCUUUCUAUAACACAUCAAAGGCUCAAAACUGCGGUUGUUCGUCAGAGCUAUGCUGUAGUCAGUUUGGCUUUUGCGGUAACACUUCAGACUAUUGUGGUGUAGGUUGCCAACAAGGGCCUUGUUUUGCUCCUCCUCCUGCUAAUGGUGUGACUGUGUCUGAGGUUGUUACGCAAGAUUUUUUCAAUGGAAUCAUUAGUCAAGCCGCGUCUAGUUGCGCGGGAAAUAGUUUUUACAGUCGAGGAGCUUUUCUUGAGGCCUUAGACUCAUAUUCUCGUUUCGGUAGGGUUGGAUCAACCGAUGACUCUAGACGUGAGAUCGCAGCGUUCUUUGCUCAUGUCACGCAUGAAACUGGACAUUUCUGCUACAUAGAAGAGAUAGACGGAGCCGCAAAGGAUUAUUGCGAUGAGAAUGCAACACAAUAUCCAUGCAAUCCUAACAAAGGCUAUUACGGCCGCGGACCGAUUCAACUCUCUUGGAAUUUCAACUACGGGCCAGCUGGAACCGCAAUUGGUUUCGACGGCCUAAACGCACCGGAAACAGUAGGCACAGAUCCAGUCAUAUCCUUCAAGACCGCCUUGUGGUACUGGACCAAUAGGGUUCAGCCUGUUCUAUCUCAAGGUUUUGGUGCAACAAUCCGAGCCAUUAACGGUGCUUUAGAGUGCGACGGGGCCAACACAGCCACCGUUCAAGCUAGAGUUCGUUACUACACGGAUUAUUGUCGUCAACUUGGCGUUGAUCCUGGAAACAACCUCACUUGCUAACAAAAACAUGUAUUAAUUGAUCUAUUUCUUUGUAUACAUAAAAAGAAGACAAGCUUUAAGAAUGGAAUGGCCCAUUAAUGUAUCUGUCCCUUAAUGUCGAAUAUAGAAUCCACAUAGUUAAUAAAAAGACAAAAACAGAGAAACUAUAUACAGAAUCCUAUGAAGUAGUUUUCAUCAUUUUUGAGAAAGACAUGGAAAAGCUUUGUUAUGAUCAACACCAUAGUAAUGAAGAAAGCCUUUGAAGACAUGACCACUUAUGGUUACAGUUGCUUGAUAACCAAUCUCUGCUUGCUCGUUGUUGCUUAUCGCUGUUACUCUUGUCCGUUUAAAAACCGCCGGAGCUUCAAUUUUCCCCGGUAACCCCUCUUUGAAGCUUCUCUCUGCAAUUUUCCACACAAAGACCUCAAAUUCAGAUUAAAAAAGGAUUCUUUUGUGUUCAAUUCUAGUUUCAGUUUUCAUUACCUUGGCGAGAAGUGGUUGUCGGAAGCAGCGAGACAUUAGCGGAACUCUGUUUAUCGAGUUUGAGCUUCUUCUUCCUCUCAGAAGGAGAAGAUGAAGAACGAGUUGCAGAAGAAGGAAUCCACGUGCUCUUCACGUGAGUGACACAGUUGUAUCCUCGGCUUUUACAACAAGUUCUACACCUUUCGAACAAACACUCUUUCUUUGCUCUGUUUCCACAGUCUCUGCAUACUUUUUCUCCAACUGUGUUGUUGUCUUCCACCGCCGCUAUGUUUACCGGAGAAGGAGACAGCCGUGUUGUUAUCUGCGGUGGUGGAGGUAAGAGAAUGAUGUUUCGAAGACCUAACAUGUAGUCUGGAGUACUGAUUCCAACGGCGGAAUCAGGUGGGAUUGAGACGGCGGCGAAAGGUGUUGAAGAUGAUGAUGGUUGUGGUGGUGGUGGCCAUGAGAGGGAAGAAGGUGGAUUUGCCACUGUGGCAGAAGUAAUAUAAAAGCGCGUGGAGGCUAAUCUAGUAGGUGGAGCUUAGCUAUGGAGGAGUCUAGUGAGAGUAGUGAGAAACAGAGAGAGAGCAAUAGGAUGAGUGAAAAAGAAAGUAUUUUAUUUUUCGGUUUUUGACAGAGUUUUGUGGUCACAUGUCUAAUGGUUAAAAAUGGUCUGCAGAAAAUGAAAUAAUUAUCUUUUCGAAUUGGGUGGUCCACUUCAUUGGGAAAGCACCCGUCUAAA